AUGGCAAAGUCGGACAACCUCCCCGCCGCGGCGCCUCAGCCCAAAAGUCUGCUUGGCUAUCACCGCCAGCUAGCUCCUACGGCUGCUGUCAAAGUCAGUCCUCUCUGCCUUGGAGGUAUGGGAUUUGGAACAGCUUGGAAGGAUAUUAUGGGCAGCUGCGACAAAGAGGCAUCCUUUGAGUUGCUGGACUACUUCUACAGCCAGGGAGGCAAUUUUAUUGAUACCGCAGGUAAUUAUCAAAGCGGAGAAUCCGAGGCAAUCAUUGGCGAGUGGAUGAAAACUCGGGACAACCGCGAAGAGAUUAUUGUGGCGACAAAGUAUACGUCUGCUUGGCGUUUGGCUGAAGAAGAUACAAGGAUCCAGUCAAACUACGGUGGAAACAACAAGAAGUCUUUGGCGGUAUCCAUCGAAGCUAGUCUCAAGGCACUGCAGACAUCGUAUAUCGAUUUGUACUAUGUCCAUACAUGGGACUUUACCACAAGCAUUCCAGAGCUGAUGCACUCCCUUCAUAACCUCGUUGCGGCCGGCAAAGUUCUCUAUCUCGGCAUUUCCAACACCCCUGCAUGGGUCGUCUCCAAAGCCAACGAAUACGCCCGCCAGAAGGGGUUGACUCAGUUCUCCGUCUACCAAGGCCAGUGGAAUGCGGCUGAGAGAGAAAUCGAGCGUGAUGUUGUCCCCAUGUGCAUUGAUGAAGGCAUUGCCUUGGCGCCCUUCGGUGUCUUGGGAAUGGGAUACUUUCGCACUUCGGCCCAGCGUGCGGCCGAGAAGGAAGAGGACCGCGAAGGACGCAAGGUCGCUUUCGUCGACAAGCCCCAGAAGACUAUCAUGGCUGAUGCUCUCGAGAAGAUUGCGGUAGCUCGAGGUACAUCCAUCACUAGCAUCGCUUUAGCUUGGGCUAGAACCAAGGCACCAUACGUCUUCCCCAUUGUGGGUGGCCGUAAAAUUGAGCAUCUCAAGGCCAACAUCGAAGCACUAGGGAUAGAUCUUACAGCUGAAGAGAAGGAAUCGAUUGAAAUUGCAGUGCCAUUCAACCCUGGAUACCCUCAGGAGUUGCUGGGCGGCCCCAAAGGUGCUGUCUAUGCAUCAGAUACUUGGACUACCAAGAGAUUGGGACAUUUUGAUUGGGUGACGCAACCACAGGCACCCAAGCCUCAUCCUCUUUAA